UAUAUGUCCGGUAGCUAGUGCGUAAUAACUGGGUUGUCAGACAUGGCAGUUACAAGGUUACCUCAUGCAGCGCUUUCUUUAAAACAGUUUUUACAGAGACAGAAGAUUUUAGGGAUUUACAGAAACAUGCUGAGGACCAUUCGGCAGGUACCAGAUGAGGGAGACAGGAAGUACCUCAGAGACUGGGCAAGAGACGAGUUCAAGAGGAAUAAGAAUGCUACAGACCAGGAUGCCAUCCGCAUGAUGGUCACACAAGCCAACAACCACCUAGAGGAGCUGCAAAGGUCUUUGGCGUUGGCCAGGAGUUAAAUACUGUGAGCUGAUGUGGACUAUGGACUGAUCUGGACCAGCCAUCAUGUGAUAGGUGGAGACUGUUAAGCGUAGCCAGGGAAACCUCUGAUCAGUUAAUUGAAUAAUGCAGAAUGAAUUGAAACUUGUCUUUGGCUGGACACCUUUUCAUGGAUGGAUUGAUGGAGCUGACCUGAAGGCAUCAUUCUGCAAAACCUCCUGUGCUGCCGCUCACCAUACAGUGAUUUUUCCAUCCAUGGAUACUAACUCAGCCCAUCUUCCAGACUUUUGCUGUAAAUUGAAUGUAUUGUUUAUAUUAAACAGGAACUAA